CAUUUAAAGAGAAUAAAAACAACAGCGAAUGAGCGCAACAACGUAAGAGCGUAAAAUCGCCGACGCUCACACGUCUUAACGCCUAUGAAUACAAGUACAGUUAACGAUGCAAGCGCAAAAUAGAAAUACAUUAGUCGCUCAAUUACAAUAAUACACAUCGUUCCUCAUCUUUAUGCACGCUUUGAACGAAGUUUAAACGAAAAAUUAUUAAAUUCUAAAAACAGCUGUAUAAUGGACCCCGAUUUCAAUAUAAAACUUAUCAAAGAGGUGAAAAGGUUUGCGUGCUUGUAUGACUUAACCUCACCGGAAUAUCGAAAUAUCAAGUGGAAGGAUACAAUUUGGAAGAAAAUUGCAGCAGAUCUAAAUACGAAAGAUAUAUGGUGCAAGAAACGUUGGAAAUCGCUGCGCGACACGUAUAGAAGAAAAAAACGGUGGGAAGGCAUGAAAACUUGUGGCACGAAACCGAUUUCAAAUAAAAAGUUUAAGUUUGCCCAAGAAAUGUCUUUUCUGGAGGGUGUUAAGGAUGGUCGAUCAUAUUACACUAGUGAAGAUGACGAUGACGAUGACAAUGAGGCAAUGAACAAUGGCGUUGAAGCUCCUUGGACCACUGUGCCUUCUCCAGCCGACCCUCUAACACCUAAAGAUGAAGACUGCACGUCGAACCUUUCCGCACUAUCUUAUAAGGCAAGUUCAACCAAGAAAACUGAGGACCAUGUGAAUCCAGCUUCUGAUGCAAUAGCAGCGAGAAAGUCUACUUUACUACUUUUCGAAAGUUUGGCGCACAAAAUAAUGUCAGCGGGCUUGUCGGAAAGUGAUGCGGAUGCCAUUGAGCUGAAGGUAGCGUCGGUUGUAUAUGAAGAACUGGCAAGCCUUCGUCAAAAGAGACGAAGUAUCUGAUACGACAAAAAGAUAUUGAAGAAUAACUGUAACAUAAAAUAAAUCAGCUGUAGCAAUAAGAAAUGAAGAAUAUAUGUAUUUAAUCA